GGAUAAAAAUAUCUACACUUUCUUUUUUUCAUUUCCACCUAAAAAAGUUUAAAAAAGUUCUAAUAAGUAAUGUGUUCUAAAGAACUUUGAACUCGCAUCGGGAAUACGUAAAGAUUUUAAUAAGGUAAUUCCACAGCAUUGAAUUCCAUGAGAAAUAAUAGAAAAGGCAGCAUUAUUAAGAAGAUUAAAGAUAACACCGAUAAUCCAAGUGAAAUGUUCGUCACUGGCUUUACAUUUGCUUUUUGUAGAAGAUAUGAAAACUAAAUUGAAUUGUAAUUAUACAGUUUUCAUUAAUCAAACCAAGAUGGUAUAAUUAUGCAUAAAGAACUACGCCGAAAUUAAAAAGUUGAUUAUUAGGGAGUAUGUUCUGAGGUUGAACAGUUGAGUCUGUUAGCAUCAAAUUUAACAAAAAAGUUUAUGGAUGGUGUGAGAAAGACGCAUGGAAUGUGCUACAUCGCCUGUUGAAUUUUCUCAAGUCCGUCUCAUAGAACAUCAGAAAAAUUGUAAACAAAUUGUAACAGUUGAAACAAGACAGGAAAGUGCAUGCUGUUCCACAAUCGUGAGAAGAGAAGAUUAUAAAGACAUUCAGCUUCACGACAAUUCAAAGGAAACAUCAAAUGAACUUAAUCUUGUUGUGAAAUGGAAAAACUUUCCUCCAAAUCCACCGCCAUUAAUAUUUUUUCCUAAUAAGAUGCAUGAUAUACCUCGGGAUAGGGAUAAAAUAUCCCAUUUUCAUGUUGAAAUGGAAAACAACAAUGUAAUAGUAACAAUGACAAUGGAUAAGAAAACAUACACGGGAAUUCUAUACCAAGUUCACACGUAGUUAUCCCAUGUGAGACAAAUAAACUGAUUUAUAUAAAGACCAAAUUAAUAACGGAUAGAUUUUUGCGAAUUUGAUGAAUUUUAGGUAUUUUCUGCAAAAAUAUAAGUUGUGAUUCAAAUAAAAGUUUGAAUUCUUGCAAAUCUGCAAAAGCACAUCCUCGCGAAAACUGCAAAUCAAAUUUUGUAAAGGUUACAAAUUAUGUAAA